CUAGUUAUAUCAUUGCACGAAGCUAAGCUGAGCCUCUUUCGGCUCAAAUAUUUUAAAUCAAAGACCCUGCCCUCUUGAUCUAACAUAUCCCCUCAUCCUUUUAUAUCUCUUCCCCAAAUAUGACUCCAAAUAACACAACAACAACAACCAAAUUCACCGGUGACUCAGACACAUACGGCCUCGGCGUCCGUCUCGGAAUUUACCUCCAAUGGCUUGCAACAUUCCUAGCCACAACAAUACGAACACGAAGCGCACGAACAAUACGCACCUCAAACACCAUAUUCCUAAUUGCCAACUUCGCAGGCUUACUCCUCUUCACAUUCCACCGACCCCAAGUAUACGCUAUAGAACCCCUAAUCGUCUUAUUCAUCGUAUUCGGCGCCGCGUGGCCGUUUAUUCUACUUGCCAUCCAAAUAAAAAGCGGUAUCAAUGAAGCGAUUCUUCGAGUGGUUAUUUAUACCGCUAUGAUGGGGUAUAUUAUGUGGUAUUUCUGGUCGGGGAUGGAUGUGAUGAUUCGUCUUCCUCCUGAGUCUGGAUCUGGGUCUGGAUUCGGUCAAACUGCAUUCUUCUUCGCCAAAGUCGAUCUAUUCGGCUGGUUCCGCACGCUAGGAAAGGUAUUUGCGGUUUUGGGCUCAGUUGUGUUUCUGGUAAUAUGGAUAUUUCAUAUUCCGGAUCUUCUCUGGGCGAGAUAUCCUAUACUGAAUAAAGUAUGGAAGAGAAAGAAUAAGACGCCUGUGGGUGAUGAUGAUGAGGAGGACGAUGGAUAUCUCAGCAAGGCCAUCAUGAUCAAAGAAACCAUCGAUACAGCAUUUCGAGUUUUAUUCGGCGGUAUCGGCCUUAUAAAUUUGAUUUUGAUGAUUGUCGGGGCAGAGAUGAUGAUUGCUUGGAAUCAAAUCCAAGGUGUCAAUCGGUUGGAUUCGACAGGACAGCUUAUUCCGGCCUUUUUGGGUUUGGUGCUUCUAGUAACGACGGUUUGGGAAACGAUAGAAAAUACAAAGGAAGCGGGACCAAAGGAGAGGGAAAGGAGACAAAGGAGGAAGGAAGCGAUGGAAAAGAAGCGGGAAGCAAGACAAAAGAAGAUGGAAUCUCUAUCUCGUGAUAAUCAUGAUUCCAGUCGGGUUGAUCUUGAGAAUCCCACCUCUAAUGUGGCUCCCAAACGUACAGAGGAAGUGCUUUUGGAGAUGGGGCCUGUUUCUGUCCGUUUGGAGAGUUGACAAUAUCUACACGAGGAAUAUUCAGAUUGUAAGAAUUCUACAAUAACUAUACAUAUACAAUCGGUGAACCUGGC